AAUUCACUCUCUCCCCCUCGAUUUCCACCAUGUAUAAAUUCCAUUUUCCCGUUCUCUACUCUCUCUGUCCAUCCCUUUUUUCCCCUUAGAAGCACAAAUUCUCCCAAUUUGUUAUCUUCAUUUCGAUUAAAAAAUAAUAAUAAUCAAUUUCUAGGGUUAGGGUUAUCAAAACAGCCAAAUUGAAUAAUAUCUCUCCUGCUUUGCCGUCUCCUUCGUGAAGGAGAGGGGACUAUGGGAGGCGGUAAUGGAGACGUAGAAGGAGGCAGCAACGAUACCAACGGUGGAGAUGACGAAGUGAAUGUCAACAUCAGAUGUUCUAACGGCUCAAAAUUCACUGUCAAAAUUAGCUUGUCGUCAACCGUUGAUUCGUUUAAGCAGCUUAUUGCGAAUCAGUGUGAUGUGCCGUCUGAUCAACAGAGAUUGAUUUAUAAGGGUCGGAUCUUAAAGGACGAUCAAACUCUACAAAGCUAUGGCUUGGAGGCAGAUCAUGCUGUCCACUUGGUUCGUGGGUUUGCACCAUCUGCACCAGUCAAUGCAACUGCUGCAACCAAUACUGGAGGUUCGAAUGCUGCUCCGACCAAUACUAGAGCUGCUGGCUCUACUGAUGAUGGAGAAUUCGGAGGAUCUGGUUUUGGAUCACUGUUUCCAGGACUUGGUUUAAAUGGCUUGGGUGGCAGUGGUGGUUUGCUUGGAGCUGGACUUCCAGAGUUUGAACAAGUGCAGCAACAGCUGACUCGGAACCCCAACAUCAUGAGAGACAUAAUGAACACGCCUGUUGUUCAGAACCUAAUGAAUAACCCUGAGAUCAUGCGGAACUUGCUAAUGAACAACCCUCAAAUGCGUGAAAUCAUUGACCGAAAUCCUGAGCUGGCACAUAUACUUAAUGAUCCUAGCACUCUUCGUCAAACACUUGAAGCUGCACGAAACCCGGAGCUCAUGCGUGAGAUGAUGCGCAACACAGAUAGAGCUAUGAGCAACAUUGAAUCUUCUCCUGAGGGAUUCAACAUGCUGAGGCGCAUGUAUGAAACUGUUCAAGAGCCAUUUCUUAAUGCAACUACAAUGGCUGGAAAUGCUGAAGGCGAUAGUGCAAACCCAUUUGCAGCUCUUUUAGGGACCCAAACUGGGAACCAGGCCAGAGAUGGAUCAACUAAUUUGUCAACCACUAGUUCUGAAACCACCACUGGUUCUCCUGCUCCAAAUACUAACCCACUUCCCAACCCUUGGAGCAGUGGAGGUGCCCAAACUAACACCACAAGGUCGAAUCCCACCAGUGAUGCUAGGCCACAGGCACCUACCGGGCUAGGUGGACUCGGUCUCCCCGAUCUUGACAACAUGUUUAGUGUUAUGCCAGAUGCUGCUAUGGUGAGCCAGUUGAUGCAAAAUCCAGCUAUUUCACAAAUGAUGCAGAGCUUCAUGUCCAGCCCUCAGUACAUGAACCAGAUUCUUGGUAUGAAUCCCCAACUCCGUAGCAUGCUUGAUUCCAAUCCUCAACUAAGAGAAAUGAUGCAAAACCCAGAAUUUCUUCGUCAAUUGACGUCUCCUGAGACAAUGCAGCAACUUUUGACUUUCCAGCAAUCUCUUAUGUCUCAACUUGGUCAGCGACAGUCAACCCAGGCACAAGGUCAGCCUGGUGCUGGUACAGGAACAGCCAACAAUGCUGGUUUGGAGAUGUUAAUGAAUAUGUUUAGUGGGCUUGGGGCUGGCAACCUGGCUGUUCCCAACAGAUCAAAUGUGCCCCCAGAAGAACUAUAUGCGACCCAGCUGUCACAGCUUCAAGAAAUGGGUUUCUUUGACACACAAGAGAAUAUACGAGCACUAAUUGCAACUGCAGGGAAUGUCCAUGCUGCAGUGGAGCGGCUUUUGGGAAGCACUGGUCAAUAGUUGAUCCAUACUCCCAUCUUUUUACGUUGUUAGCGUCGAGUUGGUCAGUUUAUGACAUGAGUUACCUUCAAGCCCGCAGUUUUCAGUAUGAAUAAGUUCAAUUAUGGUAGUAAAGGGCUGUGAACGUUCUCUGUGUGCCUAUGAUUGUUGGAUAAUCCCAUUUCUUCUGUCUCUUGUGAGGUGUCAGGCUGCAUGUGUCAUUGUACAUACCUUAUAUUACGAUUUGUCAUAUGAAUUGUUUGAAAAUCUUCUUGGGACUUGAGGAAUUCACAGCCCUACCACCCCUAAUUCUAUCUUUUAUUCACUUA